UUUCUGUCAGUUUUGUUUUAUACGACCCACAUAUUAUAAAAAUAUUAUUAAAACAUACAAUUUCAGUUUAGAAAUAUAUAUUUUUUUAUAAUAAGGAACGAAAUUCUAAAAAGGCUUGUAAAAGUGCGGCUUAUUUAAUUUGCACGAUUAUUCGAAUUGAACAAAGAAAUUAACAAGUGCGGAAGUAUUUUCAAUAACUUAUAAAACCACAACAACAAAAGUAACAACAAAGCCUUCCACGAGUCAUCGACAUUGAAUAUUAAGAAGAAGCUAUCAUCGAUAGCACAGCCAAAAUAGUGCCAAAUAUACAUAUGUAGAGACGAAAUUGCCAAAAAAACACACAGACGUCCAUGUUUAUCAAAAAAGUGCAACAAUUUUAACAAGUUCCUACGCAUAAAUCUGCUUUUAUACGUACACAUUCACUGCAAGCCUAUCUCGAAAUAUUUCGGAUUAUAAAAAGUUUUUUAAUAGCUAAAAGAGGGGUGGUGGUGUCCGUUUACAGUUAUGGGAAAUGCAGGCAGCACUAGCAUGCAUCGUGAGCGCCAUAAGUCCAGCGACCUGUCAACACCAAACUCCCCAUUUCGAGAAAUGCCCGGCCGUGGCGAUUCUGUUGCAUCAGCUUCUGGGGUUGGUGCGGUCGGUGGUGUUAGCGGCAGUAGUGUACAAGCUUUUACUUUUGACAAAAACAUUACAAAUGACAAGAACGUGCGUUCAGUCUUGCUCGGCGGUUCCUCGCAAGAAGACGAAGACCAACCGUAUUAUACGAAGCCCGUCGGUAGCGCAGCUACUACAGACACAACCGUCACACCCACCCCGCGCAAACGCGCUAAUACUGUUUCAGAAGGCAGUUCUACACCGCUACGCAACAAUUCUGGUAGUACUAUGUCUGUGAAGGAAGCAGCAGCUGAUUUCAAUGACGAUAAAGAGGAGAGCUCCACCGAGGAGCUACCUAGGAACUCGGGAUUGCCCACUGUCUUGCGCUGGGAUGGAGGCGGUAAGAAUGUUACAAUUUCGGGCACCUUUUCCAAAUGGAAGCCCUUACCUAUGGCACGUAGUCAUGGAAACUUCGUGGCUAUUAUCGACCUUCCAGAGGGAGACCAUCAAUAUAAAUUCUGUGUAGAUGGCGAAUGGAAGCAUGACCCGAAAUUGAAAAGUAUCGAAAAUGAUGAUGGCAUCAAGAACAAUUUGGUUUCGGUGCGUCAGUCGGACUUCGAGGUGUUUCAGGCACUCGCCAAGGAUAGUGAGAAUGCGCCAAAUUAUGCAGAGAGAGAGUAUUCACAGGAAGUGCCACAACCCAAGCCAUGGGAGAAGGUUUCUGGGCCACCAGUGUUGCCCCCACAUCUACUGCAAGUGAUACUUAACAAAGACACACCAUUAUCGUGUGAGCCGACAUUGCUUCCAGAACCUAAUCAUGUCAUGCUUAACCAUCUGUAUGCGCUCUCUAUCAAAGAUGGUGUUAUGGUGCUGAGUGCAACACAUCGCUAUCGCAAGAAAUAUGUUACCACUUUGCUUUAUAAGCCCAUAUAAUAUGGUAGAACGCGUUUAAUAUAAUAUACGUACGUAGGCAUAGCUAGUGAGACAAUAUUUGGCCAAAGGUGUAUAUUGUUUAAACUAUACUCGUAUAUUGGAGAUCCCAGAUUAGGAGCAUAUUUCAGAGUUAUUUUCAUAUUGCGUAGAAAUACUAAUUAUACAUGCAUAUAUUCAUCAGCAACAUAGAGACUCUAAAAAACUGAUUGUGGAUUAGGGUAUAACGUGCCUGAUGUAUUACUAAUGUUUUAAAAACGAUUAUUAUGUAUAUGUGUUAGUAUAUUUAAAGAACAUAAAUAUUACUAAGCGCAUAAUUGAUUAAAUAAAAUAUUUUAUUUUGUUUAUACA